AACCAGCUCUACACAACUGAAUCUACAAUCUUUUCCUUCCUUUAAAUAAUCUCAACAUCUCUCAAUUCUUAUUUGCCUCUUAACAAAAUAAAAACCAUAGAAUUAGUGACACUUACUUACUCAUCGUGUCUAUUAUAUUUCAAAGUUCUAAAAUGGAACUAUGUUCCUCAAAACAGCCAUCCACAACAACACUCUCAAUAACCUCAUUCAUCUUCUUCUUCCUACUCCUCUCACUCCCUCACUCCACAUCUGCUUCUUCUCCCAAUAACUUUGUUGGUUCAUCCCUCAGAGUUUCUCCCACCAAAUUUUCCAACUCUGCCAAUGAAGUUAAAACCGUUUUACAAAAAGUCACCUCCAUUUUAUCAACCUUCACCUACACCUUCAGCCAUCACUCAAAUGCCAUUUCCGAUUGCCUCGAUUUACUCGACAUGUCCUCCGACCAACUUAGUUGGUCUGUUUCCGCUACUCAGAAUCCCAAAGGGAAGAAUAACAGUACUGGAAAUCUAAGCUCUGAUCUAAGAACAUGGCUCAGUGCUGUUCUUGUGAAUACAGACACUUGUUUAGAAGGAUUACAAGGAUUACAAAGUACAUUUGCAAAGAGUGAUGUAUCAAGCGGUCUUGAUCGUGUAUUGUCAUUGGUGAAGAAGAAUCUUUUUGAAGUAGUCCUCAGCAACGAUCAACUUGCAACUGCUACCUCCGAAGAUAGAUUUCCUUCGUGGAUUAACGACGGAGACAAGAAGUUUUUUGAGGCAAAUGAAACGACUGCUGAUGCUAUUGUGGCGGCUGAUGGGAGUGGGAACUACACUACAGUGAUGGAUGCCGUAUUGGCAGCACCUAAAUUCAGCAUGAGAAGAUAUGUUAUAUAUGUGAAAAAAGGUGUAUAUGUUGAGAAUGUUGAGAUUGAUAGGAAGAAAUGGAAUAUUAUGAUGAUUGGUGAAGGUAUGGAUGCUACUAUUAUCUCCGGUAGUCGGAAUCGUGUGGAUGGUUGGACUACUUUCCGAUCAGCUACCUUUGCUGUUAAUGGUAGAGGGUUCAUAGCAUGCAACAUUUCAUUUCAAAACACCGCAGGUCCCGAGAAGGAACAAGCAGUGGCUUUAAGAUCGGACUCUGACCUCUCUGUAUUUUAUCGGUGUGGGAUAUUCGGUUAUCAAGAUAGCCUAUAUACCCAUACACAGCGCCAAUUCUACAAAGCGUGUAAAAUCACUGGUACGGUGGAUUUCAUUUUUGGAAAUGGCACAGUUAUGUUCCAGAAUUGCGAAAUUCUAGCCAAGAAAGGGAUGCAAGGACAAAAGAAUACUGUCGCGGCCCAUGGACGAACAGACCCGAACGUAACAACCGGUUUCUCCUUCCAAUUCUGCAACAUUUCAGCAGACUUUGACCUUCUACCUUUUAUUGCAACCAUCCGAACAUACCUUGGUAGACCUUGGAGGCCUUAUUCGCGAACAAUUUUCAUGCAAUCCUAUAUGAGUAACGCGAUAAGUCCCGAAGGGUGGCUAGAGUACAAUGGAAGUGUUGGUUUGGAUACAUUGUACUACAGUGAAUACAUGAACUCCGGACCGGGUGCUGGGGUAGCGAAUCGGGUGAAAUGGUCUGGGUACCAUGUAAUGAAUGAUUCGAGCGAGGCUGAAAAGUUUACUGUAGCUCAAUUUAUUUUGGGGGAUCUUUGGUUACCUUCCGCUGGAGUAACUUACACUGCAGGUUUGACAGUGUAAAGUAAAUUUAACUUAAAACCAUGUAUGUCUCAGUAUAAUACUGUAUUUAGUGAUUAAACAAGUGGGAAUUCAUAACAGUUCUUGGUAUUGUAUCAAAGAAAAACUAUGUAAAAUUAAAACGGAGACGGGUUAUUAUUAACCCCAAUUUAUUAAUAAGUACUUGAUUAUUAGAUA